GUGGCCGGGUCCUCAAGAGAAAAACAAAGAUGGGAUCACCGGUGUCCUCCCACCACCAUCCCAGCUGCCGCUCGCGCCCAACCCCUGAGGGGGCGGGGCCGUCUCCUCCACCUCCCGGUAUUCCCUGAGGAGGCGGCUCCUCAUCCUCCGAGGGUCCUCGCGGCUACUUAUUGUCUCCCGGUAACCCCAGCUCCGCAGAAUGGGCUUCCCUCCUGACACCCCUCAUCUAAAGGACCCCUCGCCCAGCGCCUCAACCUUGGGGGAGGGCGCACAGGUUCCCAUUCUCUAGGCUGCCGCUCCCAACCCCAUUUUGUACCCCCAGGAAGCCAGACAUCCCUCCCUACACCUGUCCCCGCUCGCUAAGGUGACACCAGAGCUGGUUUCAGCCAUAAGAUGUCAGUGUUUUCCAAAAAAGAGAGAUGGGGCGAAGCAAAAAUCGGAGACCCGAUGUAGACUGCCAGCUCCACAGACGAAGCGGCCUUCCCCCGCUUCGCUCUUCCCAUCCCCCAUUCUCUGACCCUCAGCUUUCCUCCUGAAGCCCCUCGGAUCCUCUGUUCUCCACUGAGUCGAGAGCUCAUCUGCUUCGGGACUUUUUUAGACUAGAAGAAGGAGAAAUAGUAACUCCCCAGACCCCCCGCCCCUUGUACCUUCCCUCUACUCUCUAUUCCUUGACGGAGAACCCAGCUUCUAAGGGUUUUUUAGGUUUGAGUUGCAUUUCAUUUUUGCUUUCCAUCCUAUUUCUUCCCCGAGAACUUGAUGAAAAACCAUCCUUUUAUAUUUCACAGUGAAGUGGGUGUGUUGGGUAUCUGUGGAGUUGGCCUUGUGUGGGUAGGAAUGCAGUAUAUAUUGUUUGACUGUCAGUGAGUAACAGCGGGCUUUCAAAGGAAACAGUAUAGAUAAUCAAAUAAAGAGCGGUAGAUUAGGAGUGAGUAUCUCCCGGUCUAGGGUGGGCUGUGCUGUUGCUCGGGGAGACUGCAGUUAACCUUGAAGGUAUAGUUCUGUUGAAACAAAAGGCAGGAAGUGUUUGAAGACAAUUCAGGUUCAGUCGUCUAGGUUUAUGAUUAAUCUGGUCCUGUGGCCUUUGGUUACUCUGUAGACCCUCUUUUAUGGUGGGUUUUUCCCUCUAGGUGAAACUGAUACAUUUAUGAUGUUGUUGAUUGAUUUUACAAGACCAAUAUCAUCGACCAAAAUUCAGGGGAUGAAAAGUAAUAGCAAGUUUUAAAUCUCAGAGAUAAGGAUAAAUAAAAGCAAGGUUAACUCCAGCUAUUCACGCACGUGUGACUACCGGAAAGUGUCUCUGUAGUGUGCUCAUAAAGGCUUUGUCAAGUUGGCCUUCAAUUCAGCAGCUGCAAAAAUAUUGAUGAUUUGGGCCUAAUGUUAAUGCCAUUGAAUCCUCGGUAAUCUCUAUUCCUAGCACUUUCAUACAUUCAAAUUUGCCAUAUUUUUUAGCAUUGUUUCUUUUGCUUUCAAUCUGAAGUCCAUCGUACUACUGUUAUCUGUAGCCAAAGUUGAUAGCAAUGAGAUGCAGGGAGGUGGAAUCGCAGAGUCUGUUAUGAUGGCUGUCUUUUACCUUCCUGGUGAGACUAUCUGAAGGUAGGCCUACUGAAGGUAAUUACCUUUGAAUAGUUAGGUUCGAAGUUUUCAGAGCCACUCUCAGAGCUCACAGAUCUGUUUAGUGAUUGUUUCCAGAUUCCAACGAAAAAGCAUAGAGAAGAAACUAUGUGGAGGGUCUUCAGCAAACACAAAGUGUCCUGCAAUAGGAGGGUAAGACAUGGGCCACCAGCAAUGGCAGCAGAGAAAAACUAAAAGCAGAACAGGAAAUCCCAAAAAAGAUACAUCUUAUUAUCUGAGUGAGAACAGAAAGUAAACUAAGGUAAGAGUCUGAGGAAAUCAAAGGAGUGAUUUCCAGGGCCUUCAAGAGCAGAGAGGAAAAAGCAAAUGAUGCUCUGUGAUUAUUUGGCACAAUAAGCAAGUUGGUACACAUUUGGGUCUUAGAAAUCUUUCCUCUAGCUUUUUUCAACACCUGUUUGGUCAUGUUAGAUAAAGAAAAGCACUGUAUGCGGAGAAUUUUUAUGUAUAUGUUUACUCUAUUUCAUUAAAUUAAAAAUUCUUUGUGAGCAGGUAGUAUGGGUUUUUUUCAUCUUUGUGUCUUUCACAUGCCUAGUAUAUAGUUUGACUUAAUGAGUGUGUGUUGCACUUCGUUUGAAUCUGUCCCCUUAGAGUAGACUGGACACAUGCUCCACUGAUAAGGCACAUCUUGUUAUUAUAAACAGUCCACUUUUUGUCUUAAUUUAACUUUAUUUUCCCUAUCUUCUAUCUUCUGAAACUCCAAUAUCUUAAUAGACUCUAAAAUAUUGAAUUUCCUAUAAGAAAAUAGCUGCUGGUUAGGUUUAUAAUUUUGCCACGAUGAAAUCUGAACCAGACGUAUUAAUGUAAUCAGUGCUCGUCAUUUUAGGAUUUUACUUUUCUAAGACUCUGACCCGAGACGAGUGAAGUGAAUUUAGGGGAGCACGCCAGGAACUGAGUGCUGAUUUUUGUUUAAGAACACUUUCUCCGUGUUUGGUUUUGACAAGUUACUGAUCUACUUUGGGACUUUUUAUUUUAAUGGAUUUUUAGUUGAUUUGGUGCUUCUGAACUAGCGCUAAAUACGUGACCGGGGCAUCAGCAGCAUCGGGUCUCUGAACGGACUCAUGCUGAUUACGGUAGGCAUGGUGCACAGCCCACAACGGGUUUAUGUCUUGGCAGAAUCUGGUUUGCAGUGCCACCGGUUAAUCUGCAGAACAAGAUUGGAAUUCUUGGCUUUUCUGAGUGGAGCAGAGUGGUGUUUCUGGGGUUACCAUUGAAAUGGUGUCUGGUGGCAUGAGACAAGAAGCAGAGAUUUAUUUCUAGAGGAAAUUUGUCCAGUCUGUGUAUUGGACACUUUUCCACCAUGCUGACGGCAUUUUAACUAUAUUUGUCAAUUUUCUCAAAUUGUAAUUGAAGAAAAACCUUAAGAAUUUAUACUUGAGGACUGAAGUGUGACUGCCAAUUAUCAGGCUUUCAGGAUGAAUCUGGAAAAACUCAGUAAGCCUGAGCUCCUGACACUAUUCAGUAUUCUUGAAGGAGAACUUGAAGCGAGGGACCUUGUUAUAGAAGCUUUAAAGGCCCAACACAGAGAUACUUUCAUUGAAGAACGCUAUGGAAAAUAUAACAUCAGUGAUCCUUUAAUGGCUCUACAGAGAGACUUUGAAACACUGAAGGAGAAAAAUGAUGGCGAGAAACAGCCGGUCUGCACAAACCCACUCUCCAUUCUUAAGGUGGUGAUGAAGCAGUGCAAGAACAUGCAGGAGCGCAUGCUGUCCCAGCUGGCUGCUGCUGAGAGCAGGCACCGGAAGGUGAUCCUAGACCUUGAGGAAGAAAGGCAAAGGCAUGCACAGGACACAGCUGAAGGGGAUGAUGUCACCUACAUGCUGGAGAAGGAGAGAGAGCGGCUGACUCAACAGUUGGAAUUUGAAAAGUCCCAAGUGAAAAAGUUUGAAAAAGAGCAGAAGAAGCUCUCGAGUCAGCUGGAAGAGGAGCGCUCCCGCCACAAGCAGCUGUCAUCCAUGCUGGUGCUCGAGUGCAAGAAAGCCACCAGCAAGGCAGCCGAGGAGGGGCAGAAGGCAGGAGAGCUGAGCCUGAAAUUGGAGAAGGAGAAGAGCCGGGUGAGUAAACUAGAGGAAGAGCUGGCAGCUGAGAGGAAGCGAGGCUUGCAGACCGAGGCCCAGGUGGAGAAGCAGUUGUCUGAGUUUGACAUCGAGAGAGAGCAACUGAGAGCAAAACUGAACCGAGAAGAGAACCGGACCAAAACUCUGAAAGAAGAGAUGGAAAGUUUGAAGAAGACAGUGCAGGAUCUCGAGGCUUCUCACCAGUAUAGUAGCCCUAAUGAGCAAUUGAAGAAACUGGUGACGAUGUCUAAAGCCACAGCGACUGAGCCCCCCAUGCUCGUGUCUGUAUUUUGCCAAACAGAGAGUUUUCAGGCAGAAAGAACCCCUGGGAGCAACACAGCCAAGGUGACAACCACUGGGCUGCCUGGUCCCACCACUGCUACUUACUCUUAUGCAAAAGCCAAUGGCCAUUUUGACCCAGAGAUACAAACUACCAAGGAAUUGAUCACAGGCAGCAGUGCAGAAGACCAAGUGCCUCCACGAGAGAAAUCUGUGGGACUGGCCCAAGAGAAGGCAGUGGAGAAUGGUGGGUGUCCUGUGGGAAUUGAGACUCCAGUCUCAGUGCCUAGUCACCUCCCUUCCAGUGGGACCUCACUGUCUCCCAGCAGCACUGCCUCCUCCUCUCUCACAUCCUCUCCAUGCUCUUCACCAGUACUAACUAAGCGCUUGUUGGGGUCCUCAGCUAGCAGCCCCGGCUACCAGUCAUCCUACCAAGUAGGGAUCAACCAGAGGUUCCAUGCUGCUCGGCAUAAAUUUCAGUCACAAGCAGAUCAGGAUCAACAAGCCAGCGGUCUACAGAGUCCUCCAUCCAGGGAUCUGUCCCCUACCCUCGUGGACAACUCUGCCGCUAAGCAGCUGGCCCGAAAUACAGUCACUCAGGUGCUCUCCAGAUUCACUAGCCAACAAGGGCCAAUCAAGCCCGUCUCUCCUAACAGCUCUCCCUUUGGCACAGACUAUCGAAAUCUGGCCAACACUGCCAACCCAAGAGGUGACACAGGCCAUUCACCUACUCCAGGGAAAGUGUCCAGUCCUCUGAGCCCCCUGUCUCCAGGGAUCAAGUCCCCCACCAUCCCCAGAGCUGAGAGAGGAAACCCUCCACCCAUCCCACCCAAAAAACCUGGUCUCACUCCUUCUCCAUCCACUACCACUCCAAUGACCAAAACUCAUUCCCAGGCAUCUUCUUUGACCACCACAGAAGAGCUUGCCAGCAGCUGCUCUUCUAAUGCUGUCGUAGCCAAUGGCAAGGACGUUGAGAUACUCUUGCCUAGCAGCAGCUAGUCCCUAGGAGGGAGCUUCCCUCUACUUUUGACAUUCCAUCAAAUUUUGUCCAAGAGCUCAGAGUCAAACCGUUGAGUCAGAUCAUCUUAUUUAUUUUGAUAGUAGCUGAAACCAUCUGUAUAAUACAUUUAGUUUAGUUCACCUUUUUGUAUUUUUUUAAGUAGAAACUGAGUAGUUUGGAUUUUUAUGACUCACAUCUUUGUACUAAAGCUAGAAGGGCACUUCAAAGAUGUCUCAAGCUCAGCAGUCACCAUCAUGUUGUGAUGGAGAAAGCUAAUUGAGUACCAGGUGGUGAUGUGCCAUCUGUUUUGGAACUAGAAUCACUCAACACUCAUUUUGAAUUAUGCAGAAGUGGUUCAUGCAGAUUUUUAUUCCAGAUGAACAUGUUUAAAAAGUGCCUGAAAUAAGACUGCCAUAUGAAUGUGAUUCUGCAGCAAAAACACAAAAUGGAUUAUUUAAUUGCAGAAAAUGAGAUCUUCUGUGAAUUCUGAAUGUUAAAAACUAACACUGCUUUUAAUCAUCUUUUACUGUUUUUAAUACAAGCUUUGUAUUCAGAAACAAAGCUGCAUACGUAGAAUGGGAAUCCUGAAGGUGGGUGUGAACUCAGCACAGAGCUGAGCUUUAUAGAGCCCUCGAGAAACCCUGCUGAGCAUUAAGCAGUUGGGGUGCUGAUUUUCUUGUACUUUUGAAAAAUUAAGUCACCCCCAGUUUCCUGCAUAAAUUCUUGAAUAGAAUGAAAUCACAUCUCCAUUCAAAAAAUGUCUUCAGGCAUCUACUGUUGUGUAAGGAACUUCUGAUUCCGAUUGCUGUUACUUGAAUACGAAAUGGCUACUCAUUCUGUAUAAAAGUUUUGCAACAGAAUGAGAUCUUUAUUAUGUAAUCAAAAAGCAAUAACUUAAAAUUCAGUUUCUUUAUAAUAUUAUAAGUCAGAAUUAUACAGGUUUUACUAAAUUGUUAUACUUACUCUCCAAGCUGCCAGCCCUUGGUGUCUGUAUCUGUGGAACCAAAUUAACUUUUGCCUAAAUGGAAGUACACAUAUAUCUGUAUAGAUACACACCCCUUUACGUGUUUAACACACACACUUAAACACAUAAAUAUUAGUGUGAUUGUAUCUUUGGAGUUUGCAAUAUAGCAUAAAAGACGAGCAGAAAUGCACCUUAAGAUUACCUACCAAAGCAACUAGAUGUGGCUGGGAUCUAAUCAGUCAAGGAAGUAAUUGUGUCCACAGGGAGGUGGGGAAAUUCCAAAUAAAGUCAGGUCUUCAGCAUCAUAAAAAGGCAGAGCCAAACUAACCCAGUGUCACAGAACUCAACUGGUCAUAUGAGUGAAAUAGGUCACUCAGUCAAAUGGUGUAAGACAGCUGGGGGUAGUGGAAGCUGUAGCAAACUGAAGUGCCCAAGCCCCGUUUAAAAGGGCACCCCUGUUCAACUCCUGGGGCUUGUUGCCAUGCAAUAAUGCCAGACCAGGGUUACCAGCUCCUCAAAUUUUUAUGAAAUCCAAAUUUUCAUGAGAAACAUUUUCAUUUUUAAAUAUCAAAACUGAUUCAAAAUUUUAAACACUGCUGGUUAAACAUUUCUGCAGCCAGAUGUAGCUCACAAGCUGCCAAGUUGCAACCUCUAUUUCCAGAAACUUCUGUCAUUUCCAUCAUAUCGAGUUUGUGAGGACAAAAGCCUCCACUCUUUCCAACUUGUAGGCUAGUACAGCUGACAAAGUCCAUGGACUAUAAUGACUAUCCCCCUCUUCCAAAAAGGACUGCAGCCCAGCUCGGACAUGGUGGUUGUAUGACUGUGUCCACAGGGAUGGAGAGGCCUUGGUGUCCUCACAUACAUUCUUCUAGCCAACAUCUCUCCUAGCAGCCCCUGACCUCCUGCUAUAAUUUAAAUCGAUUUUCUCUUAAUCUAAUCUGAGUUGAUGAGAGAAAGGCAGGUGAUGGAAAUCACUGUAUAAAUCACAAUGGAGUAUAUUAGUGUCGCCACAGCUUAUGGUUUCACUAAGGCCAAUACAUCAAAAAUUAAAAUACUACUAAUGCCCCAGGGUGUCUACCAAAUGAUGAAGGGGGUGUCUUAUAAACUGCCCAAAGCAAUCAUGCAUUAAACUUUAUUCCCAUGCAUAGCCAAAUGAACAGUGUUAAUGAUAAAAUAGCUGAACUUUCUAAACAGGGGAGUGGGCUAUAGUCCCAGAGCAUUCUUACCUCUCUUGCUUUAAAUGGUAAUCUUAAAAGUUGCAUUGUGCUCUUCCUUUGUUUUGGCAUAGAUAUAUAUAGAGAGAGAUACUAUAAGGAAGUUUAUUUCUUAGGAAGUGCACUGAAUAAUGUAAUUCUUUUACAGUGUAAUAUGGGGGUGGGGAAAUGCAAAAGAAAUGUGUAUUUUUGCUAGUUGCCUAUCUUCUGAGAUAAAUAAGCACAAUACUGCAAUGGAUCCAAUAAUCCAGUUAGGUAUUAUAGAUUAGUAUUUAAGUUUGCUGUAGAUUGUGUGUGUGCAAAGUAAAAGUUCCAUGAUUCACAGUUUUGGUAUUAACCCAUGUUGCGAAAUCUAUGCUACUGGUCAACAGAUUAUAAUGAUGUGCAACACAUAACACAAGCAUUAACUAGUCAUUAACAUUUGUAAAGCCAAAUGUACCAUGCAGAAGUCUUCAUCCAUUUUUAUAGCAGACGACAUUAAAACAAGUUAAGUCAUA